AUGCACUAUAACAAAGCCAUAAGUAUUCUCACGCGCGAUACGAAACCGUGUGUUGAUACCGUUUUAUUGGUGUGUAUGAUGUUCAUAUGCAUCGAGUUUCUACGAGGCAACCGUGAAGCCGCGGUCACACACGCGAGCCACGGCGUACAGCUCCUCAACUCCGAAGGCCAUAGGUCCCGCCUCGCAAACACCUUUGCGCAAAUGAGCGUCUGCCCCCUCUUCUUCAUCGAAGUUGGCACAGACUUCCCCCUCCUCCAAGGUGAUGAGGGCGCGGAUCUAAAGAACCCUGUAUUCUACACCAUAAGCGAGGCGCAGCACGCCUUGGAGCAUCUGAGUAUAAGGAUAAUAAAGCUUGUUCGUGAUGGGAAUGCGUUUCGGCUGCAUGUCGUUGAUGAAGUACCGCAGGAGUGGAUUCUUGAUGAACAAGCUGAGGCGAAGCAGGACCUUGAGGCGUGGGGGUUUGCGUUUGAGAGAUUUCAGGACAAUCGGCCGUUUGGGGAGGAUAGCGAGGACUUGCCGACGUUGGCACUGAUCACGAGAUAUAGACUUAUGAAGACCUGGGUUGUGAAUUGUUUUGAGAGAGGAGAGAUGGGGUUUGAUCGGAUGAAGGAUGAUUUUGUCACGAUUGUGGACUGUGCUCGAAGAGCAGCUGAGUACCACGAGGCUCAACGUACGACACCAGGGAAGUUCAUGUUCAAUGUUGGGUUCAAUCCCAUGCUUCAUUUCACGGUGUGGAAAUGCCGGUACCUGUCUCUUCGGGUUGAAGCACUAUCACUCAUGCGCCGGCUGUCAAGUCAGCAAGAAGCCCUGUGGGAUGCCGCGCUGUUAUACAACGUGUCACGGCGGAUCAUCGAGGUUGAGCACGGCAUUGAUCUAUCUGGUGAUUAUGACCUUUAUGAUGAAAGACUACCGCCCGAUGAGAACAGAGUAAAAGGAUUUUUCUUUAGAGAGGGACCCGAGGCAGAGUCGAUUAUGUGGGAUAAGAAUGCCGAGACGGUGUAUUUCCUCAUGGCACAUCCCGAGGGUGGUGUGUUGUUUAGGAAGGACUACGUUAAGAACAAGGACUUGGUCUCGGAUUGCGGGCAGACUUUUUGGAUGUGA